ACGAAUUUAGUUUCCGAACGCACCGUCAGCGCUCUCAGCGAAGGACGUCGUGAAAAACUAGGAAAAGCCAAAUCAAAGUCGUCCAUAUUUGUUUGGUGCGCUCUUGCCCGCGGCUAUUGAAAAUUUUAGGACCAACGAGUCAGUGAAAUUUUGCAGAGUGGCGAAGAUCACGCCGUACCCGAGCAUGAGUUACUCAGGGAGGAGUAAAUUCGAGAUCGGUCGGUUCUCGGGCGAGGACGAAAACCAUAUCAACAAAAAAUUGCCGAAAGAGCUGCUGCUACGGAUCCUGUCGUAUCUGGACGUCGUGUCGCUCUGCCGCUGCGCGCAGGUAUCGAAAUUAUGGAACAUUCUGGCUCUCGACGGCUCCAACUGGCAGCGGAUAGACCUUUUCGAGUUUCAAAGGGACGUCGAGGGUCCCGUGAUAGAGAACAUAUCGCAGCGCUGCGGCGGAUUCCUUCGCCAACUCUCCCUUCGAGGGUGCGAGAGCAUAGCUGAUGGCUCUAUGAAGACACUUGCACAGUCUUGUCCGAACAUCGAAGAUUUGAAUUUGAACAAAUGCAAGAAAAUCACCGAUCAGACCUGCCAGGCCCUCGGCAGGAGAUGCAGCAAAUUACAAAGAAUAAACUUGGACUCCUGCCCCAGUAUAUCGGACAUAUCACUGAAAGCGCUGUCGGACGGAUGUCCGCUCCUGACCCACGUGAACGUGUCGUGGUGCCAGUCCAUCACGGAGAACGGUGUGGAGGCGCUGGCAAGGGGCUGUCCUAAACUGAAGAGCUUCAUAUGCAGAGGCUGCAAAAACGUGAACGACAGAGCUGUGUCGUGUCUAGCCACAUACUGCCCGGAUCUGGAGGUGCUCAAUGUACAGGGCUGCGAAAGCCUAUCAGACGAUUCCAUAUGUAUGUUGAACGGCGGCAUGCGCCUGCUGUGCGUGUCGGGGUGCGCGCGCCUGACGGACGCGGCGCUGGCGGCGCUGGCGGCGCGCUGCCCCGAGCUGGUGACGCUGGAGCUGGCGCAGUGCACGCAGCUCACGGACGCCGGCUUCCAAGCUCUAGCCAGGAGUUGUCGGAUGCUGGAGCGGAUGGACCUGGAAGAGUGCGUGCUCAUCACGGACGUCACGCUCGUACAUUUGUCUAUGGGCUGCCCGAGGCUUGAGAAACUGACGUUGUCCCACUGCGAGUUGAUAACGGACAACGGGAUCAAGCAGCUUUCCAUGUCCCCCUGCGCCGCGGAGCACCUCUCCGUGUUGGGUCUAGACAAUUGUCCGCUGGUGACGGACGGGGCGCUGGAGCACCUGACUUCGUGCCACAACUUACAGCUGAUCGAGUUGUAUGACUGUCAACUGGUCACUAGGAACGCCAUCCGGAAACUUAGGAACCACCUCCCUAAUAUAAAGGUGCACGCAUACUUCGCGCCGGUGACGCCGCCGGCGGCGGGCGGCGCCGCGCGACCACGCUACUGCCGCUGCUGCGACAUCAUAUGAUCGCGAUACACUAGCAACGGUAACGUGAACCGGUAAAACUGCUACGUGUCGUCAUACUUCCAAAUCGUGCUGUAUACACCGUGCAGCUCGGUACUGCAGGAUUAUGAGAUAUGAGUGCUGGGACCAGGUAGGAAAGUGACGUCAUUUAUACGUCAUAUUGACGUAACGGACGUCAUAAUGACGUAUUAAUGCUACGUGGGAGCUGAAGGCUACAUAGGUGUGCGAAUAUUCACGUUGUUACUGCGUUUUUCGUCAUUGUCGACUCGGCCAAGGCUCGGAACCGAUUUAACCCUUUUCUUGGCAGUGUAUCUUACAAGAUACAUAUAUCCUCUUUACCCUCUUUUUGUAUUUUGUUCUAAAAGCAUAUUUUUUUUGCUUUAUCAGGCACAAGUGAGGCUUAGUUUGUCAUGAUAUUUUAAAAUUUUGCCAAGAAAAAGAUUAAAUGGACCGGUUAAUUUAAUAUCGGUUUAUUCUGGUUUCUCUUAGAACUUGAGAACGCGAACGUUUUAAGGGCUUUAUUUAACACAAAUGAACCGUUUGUUCGACAAAUUGGCAGGAGGGAUAGAUUUUUUUACAGGUAUUAGAAUGCUUCAUUAUUGUUUAUUACCAGUUUAAAAGGUUCUAUACCGGUUCCGCAAAACCUUAAAAACUUCUUGAAAAGCCGGUUUGAAAAUAACGGUUUUUUUGGAAAAAAAAAUGUUUUAUGUCACAUAUCACUACAUAGUAUAAAACAAAGUCGCUUCCUGCUGCUGUCUGUCUGUCCCUAUGUAUGCUUAGAUCUUUAAAACUACGCAACGGAUUUAAAUGCGGUUUUGUUGUAAUAGAUAGUGAUUCAAGAGGAAGGUUUAUAUGUAUAACACAUCAACAUUGCAUCCGUGCGAAGCCGGGGCGGGUCGCUAGUGAAUAGUGAUAUAUAAUUUAACCAGUAUCCGAGCCUUGUUUGCUAGCACGGCAAAUUGAAUAACCGGUAAAGUGGGUAAUGAUCAGGAAUGUCACUAAUAUCAUAGAUAUAUGGGCGUAAAGGAAAUGAGUGGCUUACACAAGAGCUUGAUAGAGGUAAUAUUAAUACACCGGGAGUUACAUAUGUGAGCUGUAUACAACGUGUAGUUUUGAACAUAUUGUUCUAAAAUGAAAGUAGAGCUUCUUGGCUUCCUAACGGGAGGUCGUUGCUUCAAAUCCCGGUUUGUUUCUAUUAUUUUCUGGGGACUUACGUAAAAAAUAUCAUUUAAUAUUUAAUUGUUGUUUUCGAUGAAGGAAACAUCUAAAGAAUCAAAAGUGUGUAUAGACAAAUAAAACAGUUUUAUUGUCUGAAGUUUUUAGUACUUGUUUACACGUUGUAUAAAUGGAAAUGGACUAUCAGAAAGAUGCAAUAGCCAGAAAUAAAAACUAGAAAGAAGAUAGAUGAUUGCCAGUGGUCACACAAACUAUGAUGGGAAUCAUAUGUAUAAAUCCUGACCAGUAAUACUUACAUGAUCAUGGUGACAGUUCUGUAUAGUAUGAAUAAAUUAGUUCCAGUGAUAUUCCGCAACAUGGCGCAUGAUCAUAUAUUACUGGUCAGGCAUUAACAUUGUUUGCAUUAAUCGCGAUUGACGAUUAACAGAUUAAUCGCGAAUCAAUUUAUUAUCUCCGACAAUCGAUUGUUUCGUUUGCAUUAAUCGCGAAUCAAUUGAUUAUCUCCCUCAAUCGAUUGUUGAUACCACUGAUAUAUGGGCCGAUUUUUUUUUUGAUAAAGUUUGACUGGUUUGUAGAGCUUAUUCUGGUCAAAAUGUAUGUAAUUGAGUUACGAACACCAUACUUUUUUGUUACUCUGUUUGUUUUUUUGUGUCAUACGGUAAAAUUGUGCUUAUAUUGUACAGAGAACUCUAUCUAUUCACCAAAUUUUAUCGAAAUCUAACGGAAUAAAAUUCGACAACAAUAAAAAUCGGCCCAUGUAACUAGAGAGUUCUGUAAUAUGAAUGUAAAAAUGUCUAUAUUAUAAAUAUUAUAAUAAAUACCAACAUGUAUUCAGUAGUUCAGUACUGUUUCAUAGUGAAGUUAGUCUUAAGAUAGCUAAUUUCUAUUUAGGGUUUGGAACGACAGUUAUCGGUGGAACACUUGAAAAGUUGUAAUUGAAUGUUGAAUAUCUACAUAUACGUUACCAAGGAUUUUACAUUAUCAUUGGAUGUAAGGGGGUCAUCCAUUAAUUACGUCACAUGAAUUUCUAGGUUUUUUGACCCCCCCCCCCCCCCCCCUCCUUGUCACAUUUGAUCACAUUUGCAAAUCCCUCCCCCCUGCUGUGACGUCACAUUUUUGUCAAUUUUUAUUUUCAACGAAAUCGGCAAUACUAAUUAGGUAUUAUUAAAAAAAUAUAUUUUUGAUAAAAAAAAUAUAAGUAAUAUUAUAACACAAAACAAAACCAAUUAGGAUCGAAAAUUACACGAAUAAAAACUAUUUUCGUUCCAAAACUCAUUUCUUAACUUUUUCGGUUACUGAUAAUGAUUUAAUUUUUAACAAGCAGAAACGUCUGCGAUUGAUGCUAUUAAGCUUAGAAUAAAUUUAAAAGUGGAAAAAUUACUGCCUUGGGUGAGACUUGAACUCACGGCCUCUGGAUCACUGAUGAUGAAGUUUAAGUGACGUCACAAUGUUUGUGCUUUCCCCCUUCACUCUGUCACAACAUGUCACAUUUUAUUGAGCCCCUUCCUCCCCUUAAACGUAUGACUUAAUUAAUGGAUGACCCCUUAGGCAAAGUUUCACUGUGUAAUAAGGAUGUGUACCGUUAUAUUUGGACACUUUGGCUGUCACUAUCUAUUUGAUGCUGUCGAUGCUGAUCUAAGAUAAUUUCGCGUCGAAUAUGGUAGUUAAUGUAGAUAGCGCUGUACGUCCUGCCCGCGCAGCAUGGUUUCCCCUAUCACUAAGUCCGUCACUUUCGCACUCACAUACUUGUUAGAACGUGACAGGCAUGGUGAUAAGCGUACCGUGCUACGACUCCUGCCCGCGCAGCAUGGUUUCCCCUAUCACUAAGUCCGUCACUUUCGCACUCACAUACUUGUUAGAACGUGACAGGCAUGGUGAUAAGCGUACCGUGCUACGACUCCUGUAGUGAAUAAGGAAUGAUGCCUGGAUAUGCCUGCGGCAAAGUAUUGUCCUAUUGAAUUGCAAGGACCUCUUGUUCACAUCUACCCGGUACUGGGAGCCUGGCAGGGAUGUUGCAAAUAACAAGACCAGAUAAGUAACAUGCAGUUUAUUCUAUUAGGUAAAAUCCCUAGUUACAAGGCAGCUAACGGCAGUGGUCAGACCGUGCUUAUAAUUCUAGACACUCGGUCGCGGGACAACACGGGACGCGAUGUUCUGGCCAGAACCGGAUAUAAAAGUUAGUACACCUACAUCCACAUUAUGCGGUAACUCUGUCGUAAGUUAACUGAUCAGUUACCACAAAAUAUAAGGCGCCGUACAGUGACAUUUUCAGUUGUCAAACCCGGGGGCACGAUUUUUUCUUAUGGCGUUAUUCAUAAACGCGUUACUGGCCUGAAUUAGUUAUGAAUCGUUUGUCUUCUGUCAUUUUGACUUAUGUAUUUGUAAGAAAGGAAUAAAACAUAAUUUAACAAAAUCAGGCUCGUAAAGUUUAAUGAAUAAGGGGGGUAGAGUUUAUACCCCUACUAUAAUCAAUGAUUCUUUGAUGUUAAUAUUUGUGUAUCAUAUACUAAAUUGUCGAAAGUCCGUCUAAACGUGUUGUUUGAUUUAUUAUUUUAAGUAGUGUAACAGUCCUUUUUGAGUUGAAAAAUGGGAUUAUUUAACACAUUGAGUGCCGGGAACUCGCCCGGCGGGUUCUCUGUUCGUAGUCGCUUUCCUCUACAAAGCGGGAAACGCUGAGAUCGACUACGAGCGUAACGCUACGAAAACGGUGGCAGUGAAUGUGUUAACCUUUUCUCUGCCACUGACUGUAGUUUUUAAAAUAAAAGUGCAUUUUUACAAGUCACUUACCGAAAAUGGCUUCUAAGAGAUUAAAGAGGCCCACCCAUUACCAGUCCGCCGGACGAUAUCGGCCCGUCAGUUGUUUGGAACUGUCAAAUUUUUGUUCUAACCGACAGGCUGCUAUCGUCCGGCGGACUGGUAAUGGGUGGGCCCCUUGAGAAAAGGAAAUUGAUUAUCCCUUCCAUAUCUAUUUUAAUUUACUAAACAUGUUUUUUCUUAUGUAUCUUAUAAGAUACAUAUAAAUGCCGAGAAGGUUACGUACAUAAUUGUUUUCAAAUGUUAGUUGACUGUAUAAAUUUACAAUGUAUUCGCCAUCAGAUAUAUCGGACCGGCAAGGUGCUCACAAAUAUCUGAACACGCCUCUAUCGUCAAGGAGCGCGUGUUCAGAUAUCUUUGAGCACAUCCGCCGCUCCGUUAUAUUUGAUGGCGACUCUUCAACUCUUCAUAUACUAAAUAUGUAAUUUAAAAAUACUAUUUUCUAAACACCUAUGAACGAAUUAAUAAUGUCACACUUUUACUUGAUUUUGAAUCGUAAGUUUCAAUAAAUAUAAAAUAUAUUUGAAGGCUUUAAGAUUGCUAUUUAGAUUAUGUUAAACGUUUAGGUUUCUAGAUAACAGAUGGCGGGGUGUUACACUGUAGGGUUGAAUUUGGUUUAUUUUAGCUGUAAAGUAAAAGCUCUAGAAUAACGGCCUGAUUCGAACUUACGUCACAAAAUAGCUCUAGAUACGAUAUGGAUCGGGUAUGUCAGUGUCAAAAGUGACGUUUUGGUUUGAAUUAGCUCUAGAGUUAAAUCAAGAAGUCUGCAGAGAUGUUGACAACACACGCGGUGCAGGUGAUAUUUUAAACGUCAAACUUCUAUGAAAUUAUGACGUAUAAAUAACACUGCCACUGCUUGUGCUGUCAAAAUCUCUGCACUUCUCUUGCUCCAACUCUAGGUACGAUAUGGAUCGGAUGUCAGUGCCAAAAGUGACGAUUUCGUUUGAAGAAACGUCACUUUUGACACUGCAUGACAUACCUGAUCCAUAUCGUAUAUAGAGCUAAUUUUUGACGUAUAUUAAAGUUCGAACCAGGCCGCGGUUUUUAAAUAGGCAAGCCUGUUUGUUCUACUUAAGGACGCUCCGCCUCUGGUAGUUAAAUAAAUAUUUAUGAGCUGGUUAUAUUACGUAUGGAAUUAUUUGAAUACUUGGGUAUGAUUAUAAUUAAUUAUAUUGAUGAUUAUUAAUUAAUUGUAAUAUUUAUAAUUAUAUUCGUUUGUCAAAAAGGAGGAGUGCUUAGUUAAAUACAGAAUGUUUUUUCAACGUUUAGCCAAACUCGAAGUGAUUAACAUGUGCACGAGCGCGUUGUAAUAUAAAGAUCCUUAUGAGAGACGGCACACCGCUUGCGUAACGUAUGCGUGCACGGCUCUAACAUUUUAGUGCACGCACGUGCACAUGUGCACAGGGCGUGCUUCUUGCAGGAUGGCCGUGUCGGAAUUGAAAAAAUCCCUACUACGCACACGCAGCCGGUGUGUUCUAGUCUUAAGUUUUUACUAUGGCACCAAUUCCGUAAUCGUUAAAAAUGAUUUGAUUUUGAUUGUGAUUUUAAGACACAUAUUCAAUUCGAAGCUUAGCUAAACUUUGCAAAACAAUAGUCGCGUCACGACAUGUUAUGGUGACGAGUGAAAUAGGCCCCUCAAGUAAAUAUGAAAUGUAACCGCUCGGUGUAAUAUUAUAUGUGAUAUGUAACUUAGCUGUAAGUUUACUAAUGGUGUGAUAUUUCACGUAAUGCUUUUACAAAAGUUGUGCAUUGAAUAAAAUCAUUUUUUUAA